UUUCUUGCAAAGAAAAAUUCCUUUCACUCAUAAUUUCACUCCUCAAAGGUGCAUUAUAAAAUGGUCCCUGUACACAAAUACAUAAAGCUAUCACUUCGGGCUGAAUUGGAGUAAAAGUUUAUUUCAAAUCUCAGGAUUUUACUUUCAAAGCUCUGGUGGGUGACAUUUAUACUUCACAGUUUUUCUCAGUCUUGGAGCCUCAGGCAGGAACAUCAUCAUGACAGCUGUUCCACCAUCUGCACUUGUGAAUAAAAAUAAAAAGAACUUCCUGGGGAUGCCAGCUCCUCUUGGAUAUGUGGCUGGUGUUGGUCGAGGAGCCACAGGCUUCACCACACGUUCAGAUAUUGGUCCAGCCAGGGACUCCAGUGAUGUCCCAGAUGACAGGCAUGCAGUUCCUUUUAAGAAGAAGAAAGGCCAAGAGGAGGAAGAAGAUGAUGAUGAGGAUCUGAAUGAUGCUAAUUAUGAUGAGUUUACAGGUUAUGGUGGAUCAUUGUGUACAAAAGAUCCUUAUGACAAGGAUGAUGAAGAAGCAGAUGCCAUAUAUGAAGCCAUUGACAAAAGAAUGGAUGAGAAGAGGAAAGAGUACAGGGAGAAGAAACUGAAAGAGGAGCUGGAGAAGUAUCGGCAAGAAAGGCCCAAGAUCCAGCAGAUGUUCUCUGAUCUCAAGCGUGAUCUGGCCCAAGUCAGUGAGGAAGAAUGGAGUUCCCUUCCAGAAGUGGGCGAUGCCAGGAAUCGGAAACAGAGGAACCCUCGUGGUGAAAAGUACACACCAUUGCCUGACAGCAUCUUGGCUCGCAGCAUGACCAUGGCAGGCACAGCAUCUGCCAUUGACCCAUCCACAGGCCUUGCCUCUGUCAUUCCACAUGGGACUCAAUCUGUGACUCCUGGCACAAUGACCUCGUUUGGCAUGCUAACACCAAGUGGGGACCUUGACCUGAGGAAAAUUGGGCAGGCAAGGAAUACUUUGAUGGACAUAAAACUGAACCAGGUUUCUGAUUCAGUGAGUGGGCAGACAGUAGUUGAUCCCAAAGGGUAUCUCACUGAUCUCCAGAGCAUUAUUCCAAAAUAUGGGGGAGACAUCAAUGACAUCAAGAAGGCUCGCUUGCUGCUCAAGAGUGUGCGAGAGACAAAUCCCAAGCACCCUCCUGCAUGGAUUGCUUCAGCAAGACUUGAAGAAGUAACAGGGAAGAUUCAGACUGCAAGAAAUCUCAUAAUGAAAGGAUGUGAAGCUUGUCCUCAAUCAGAGGAUCUGUGGCUUGAGGCAGCCCGGUUACAACCACCGGAGACAGCAAAGGCUGUCAUUGCAAAUGCAGUCCGCCACCUUCCCAAUUCUGUGAAGUUAUGGCUCAGGGCUGCUGAGCUGGAAACAGAAACCAAGGCCAAGAGACGAGUCUAUCGCAAGGCUUUGGAGCAAAUGCCCACAUCAGUUCGUCUAUGGAAAGCAGCAGUGGAACUGGAAGAACCUGAAGAUGCGCGCAUACUUUUGAGCCGAGCUGUGGAAUGCUGUCCUACUGCUGUUGAGCUCUGGAUUGCCCUUGCCAGAUUGGAAACGUAUGAGAAUGCUCGGAAAGUGUUGAACAAAGCAAGAGAGAAUGUUCCUAGUGAUAGGUCCAUUUGGAUCACUGCUGCCAAGCUGGAGGAAGCUCAUGGCAAUGCUAACAUGGUGGACAAAAUCAUUGAGAGAGCCUUAACAUCAUUGUCAGCAAAUGGAGUUGACAUCAAUCGGGAGGAGUGGAUGAAUGAUGCCAUUGCCUGUGAAAAGAGCAACUCAGUGCUAACCUGUCAAGCAAUUAUCAGAGCUGUCAUUGGGCAUGGUCUAGAUGAACAUGAAAUGAAGGAUACCUGGUUGGAAGAUGCUGAAAGUUGUGCAAGCCAGGGAGUUCACGAGUGUGCUCGAGCCAUCUAUGCCCAUGCCCUUUCUGUCUUCCCAAGUGACAAGAACAUCUGGAUGCAGGCAGCUUAUUUUGAAAAGCAUCAUGGCACCAGGGAAUCACUAGAGUCUAUCUUGCAAAGGGCAGUGGCUCAUUGCCCUAAGGCAGAAGUCCUGUGGCUCAUGGGUGCCAAGGCAAAGUGGUUGGCUGAUGAUGUGCCUGCUGCCAGAAGUAUCUUAUCAUUGGCCUUUCAAGCUAACCCUAAUUCAGAGGAGAUAUGGCUUGCUGCGGUGAAACUGGAGAGUGAAAACAAUGAAUUUCAGCGGGCAAAAAAGCUGCUGGCCAAAGCACGAUCCUCUGCACCUACACCACGGGUGAUGAUGAAGUCAGCCAAAUUGGAGUGGGCCCUUGGGAACCUGGAUUCCACUAUUUCUCUCCUUGAUGAAGGGCUAAAAUUGUUCCCGGAUUUUGCCAAGCUGUGGAUGAUGAAGGGACAGGUGUAUGAGCAAAAAGGAGAACCACACAAUGCACGUGAUGUGUAUAAUGCAGGCCUGAAGAAAUGUGGGAUAUCAGUUCCCCUAUGGCUUUUGUUGUCUCGCUUGGAAGAAAGGUUAGGUCAAGUGACAAAAGCAAGGUCAGUGCUGGAAAGAGCUCGCCUUCGUAAUCCCAAGACCCCUGAAUUGUGGCUUGAGGCUGUGAGAGUUGAGAAGAGGGCAUUGUUCCGUGAAAUGUCCCUUUCACUCAUGGCAAAGGCACUGCAGGAGUGUCCAAAUGCCGGCAUACUAUGGGCUGAGGCCAUUUUUCUGGAACCACGACCCCAAAGGAAAACAAAGAGUGUUGAUGCUCUGAAGAAAUGUGAACAUGAUUCUCAUGUUCUAUUGGCUGUCUCAAAAUUGUUCUGGUCAGAGAGAAAAGUGAACAAGGCCAGGGAGUGGUUUCAGCGCACUGUAAAGAUUGAGCCAGACCUUGGUGAUGCAUGGGGCUACUACUAUAAGUUUGAACUUCUUCAUGGCACUGAGGAGCAACAAGCUGAGGUGAAGAAAAGGUGCUUGGAAGCAGAACCAUGUCAUGGUGAAGAAUGGUGCAAGAUCUCUAAAGACAUCAUUAACUGGAGGAAAAGGACUGAGGAAAUUCUCAUUAUGGUUGCAAAAGCAUUGCCACUUCCUACAUGAAGGGAGGAAAAUGGUUCAGUGGUAUCAUUUCCUGUUCUGAAGAGCGUUUUCUUGUGGGUAGUCAUCUUUCCACAUCUUCCUCUUGAUCUGCUCAUUCAUUCAGUUAGGAUGAAUUAUCAGGAUGUUUUUUAGGACUGAGGUUUCCAGAAGAGACAUGUAUGAUACCUAUUGUGAUGAAUAAAAGCUAAUGGGAUGG